AAAUGAUUUAUCCCAACAAAGGGAAACAACUGGCAGUGAAUUAAACUGCGCAGACUAAUGAAUCUCUGUUUAAAGUGGAUGAACUAAUCAUUGAAGAGUACGCUGCAAGGAGGUGAAAAUGUGUUCACAAACAUCAAGUCGCCCCCUGGUGGGACCCCCUAGGGUAUCAGGCGUUCCUUUAAUUUGAUUCUGCGAACAAUGUUUAGGAAUACAUCGCUGUGACAAUGGACUGGGAUCUACAACAGGACGUUUAACCUACUCCACAUUCCAAAUAUAAGGGCCAUGGGAGCUACUGGAAUAACACUUGUGUUGGCUUGUGUGCUGAGUGUGACGACAGCACAGCCUGAAGCGAGCAUCUGUCAGUCCAUGGACUAUCGUGCCCUCGAUAGGGAGCUUCAGAAUGAGCACCAAUGUAUGAUCCUUGAGAAGUUACAACGAGACUUUGAAGCCGAUAAAAACUCACGAGAGACCCUCCUCGAAGACCUUGUGCGGAGAAUAGACAAGCUCAGCAAAAAGAUCUCUAAACUCAGGAGAUCAAAGGAGGAUGAGAGAGAAAAACCAUUGAAAUUUGCACCGGCACUAAAGGGUGUGCCUCUUAUCCGAGACUGCCAUGAGCUGCUUAUGAACGGUAUUACCAAAAGUGGCGUGUACUCUAUUAAACUGCCAAUGGGCCGCAUUGUCAAUGUCUGGUGUGACAUGGACACAGAUCAUGGUGGUUGGACAGUCAUCCAGCGACGUAUGGAUGGUAGCGUAAACUUCACUCGGCCGUGGGACGACUAUACAUUUGGGUUUGGUAACGCCAACUCUGAGUACUGGCUAGGGAACGAGAACCUGUACCAGAUGACUACCUAUUACAACUAUACAUUGAGAAUAGACAUGUAUGACUGGGAAAAUGGUACGGCCUUCGCUGAAUAUGGCAUCUUCUUUGUAUCCUCCGAACAGACCGGUUUCCGUCUCAACAUCGGGCAAUUCAAGGGCACUGCAGGGGAUGCCCUUAGUUACCAUAAUGACAUGAAAUUCACCACAAUAGACCGGGAUAAUGACAAAUGGUUUCUCAACUGUGGUGCUAAAGAUGGCGCUGGAUGGUGGUACAAGAAUUGUGGUUAUUCAUCUCUCAACGGCCUCUAUGUCACCGACACGAACCACACUAUAACACCUGAUGGAAUCAUCCGAGGAAUUAUAUGGUUCCACUGGAAGUGGAUGUAUGACUACUCUUUACGGCAAACCGAGAUAAAGAUAAAACCCACGCUCGCUCUAAAGAUAGAACGUGAGGUCUUCCCAGACCUCGAGGACAACAUUCCGAUGAGAGAGAACGUACCACAGACGGAGGUAGGAAUAGAGGAACCCCUAGAGGAGGAGGAGGUGGAGGAAGAGGAGGAAGAGGAAGUGGAAGACGAGGAAGAGGAGGAUCGAGAUACGCAGGAGGACAGCGAUUCAUUGGGGGAUUCUCUAGGGUGAUUAUGUAUACAUACUUGCAAAGAAAUAUUAAAAACCCUGCUAAACAUCAUUGUUGUAAUUUUUCUAAAUGAUGAAUGUUUUGAAAAAAUGCCAUCCAUUUUUGUUUCAUAUCAGUAUGUAUUUCAAGGUGAUCAUCAAUAUCAUCUAUAUCUUCACAAUUACAGAAUGAUAUUCUUAAAUCUUCACGUUAUUUAGGUCUUAACAUUUUUAUUGAACUGCAAUGGGCUUGUUACCAGGCAUUGGGCUUAUUACAGGAAAAUUAUGGUACUGAUGCAACUCUAAGUGAUGUCUUUUCUGAUUUACCUGGAAUUUUCCGUGACUUUCAUUCAUACAAAGUGCAAAAACAAGCUUAUUACAUGAUUUAUCAAUCUCCUGCAAUCUGAUUGGCGGAGAUCUACUUUGCUGACAGUGAUGUAAUGAUGUAUUAAACUCUGGAGUUCGACAUUAUGCCAAUUAAAUUUUUAUUGCAGUUUACAUGUGACUGAACAAUCCUGAUCAAGAACUGGUUCACCAGGACCAAUGACCCCAGUAAACCAAUUCCUUUACCAGGGCAAAAAUAGUCAGGCAUCAAAAAUAAAAAUAAUUAAAUGCUUUAUCAUAGAAGAAAUAGAAAUAAAUAAAGAUGUGUUUUAAAUUUCAAAAUUUAAUGACAAUCAUGCACAUCAUCGAAUGGAGCAAAAAAAUGAUGGGGAAAUAAACUUAUACCCUCAAAAUUUCCAUCCAAAUUGUCCUCAAAGUGUCAUGCUAAAUUGUUGACAAGGAUUGGGACUGUGAGGGAAACAUAAAUAUCAUCACAUGCUUUGAUAUGUUUGUCACCAUGACAUCAUACAAUUUGCCUUAACACAAGCUAUGUUUGAAUCAAUCAAGUCAAUUUCUAAUGCAUGGGAGAUAACUCCGUCAUAUGUUACUUUCCAUAUCCUAGCACGGACAUAUUGUAGUUCGUGUAAUUGAUUUAUACAGACAGUGAAUUGACAUGCCAUAGACAAUGGUUCCAUGUAAUAUUGAUUCCUUAUAGACAUACUGAUUUUUUAUAGACCAGACUUUUACCAAGAACAAUUGUAUGAAUUGUCAGGGAAUGAAUCAAUAUUUUAUCACAAACAUCAUAAAAUGAAUUGAACUGACACAUUUUGUGAAAAAUAUAACAGCUAAGAAAACAUGGAAAACGCCACAAAAUGUUUUUAGGCUUUGCAGCAAAUUCCUGACACAUCUAAUAGCAUAGACGAUCCAUGUUACAUCAAAAUGUGUGAUGUAGAACACAAAACAAAUCCUUUUUACCCACUGUAUAUAAAAUAUAUACCUGGUAUGUGAUGGUGUUUUUCUCACUUCAUAACAGAUUGAACAGGUGAUUAUAAAGAUGUAACACUUUUGCAUUCUUUGUUCAUUCAGAGAUAUACUUUUGAGUUGUACAGUAUAAUUAUAUUCAGGGCUCACAUUGGCACCUAUUUGCCUUGCUGGUGAUUUUUAGGCUACCAAUAAUUUGCCUUGCUGGUGAUUUUUUGGCCAAUAAAUUUCCUUGCUGGUGAUUUUUUGGCUAAUAAUUUGUCUUGUUGGUGAGUUUUUUUAGCUAAAAAUGUGCCUUCUUAGUGAUUUUUUUGCUACUAUUAAUUUGCCUUACUGGUGAUUUUUUUUAAAGCUUUUUGUAUUUACAUUUUUGGCUCACACACAGUUACUUGUUUACAAUACAGUGUACAAAGACCUAAGUAAUAUAACUCCUGCCUCCUUCAGUUGCUGCCUAUUGUUUUCCAAGGGGCCCCAUGUUGCCCCGGUUGGUGUGUCUGGUUAUAAAAGUCACCUUGACCCCUGUCAAUUAUAAAAUGUCUUUAAUGGACAGGUUCCCCAAUAGGGAUAUCUCUACUAAACAGAAGCAUCGUUUAUACACAAGGGGCCAUUGUUACAUGCUUGAUUGUGUUAUAAAAUGUGGGUAGGAAAAGGAGUCCUGGUAACAAUUACCUUUUUUAGCCAACUUCAUAAUACAUCAUAUGUUGUACAUAGAGGAACUUUGAUAAUCCAGUCAUCUUUAUUCCAAGUAAAAAUUACUUGAUUGUAAGAUGGGUGGAGUAGAUUACAGGAACAUUAUUAGGUCAAUCUCUUCAAUAAAAUACUGGCCUGAUGAAGGGACAUUUUACGUAGUUGCCAAAUAGUAAGACAUCAGGAUUAGUGGUGGCUGGAUAGUGGGACUACAAGAUAAGUGUAGGCUGGGUAGUGGGACUACAAGAUAAGUGUAGGCUGGAUAGUGGGACUGCAAGAUAAGUGUAGGCUGGAUAGUGGGACUUCAAGAUAAGUGGUGGCUGGAUAGUGGGACUACAAGAUAAGUGGUGGCUGGGUAGUUGGACUACAAGAUAAGUGUAGGCUGGAUAGUGGGACUACAAGAUAAGUGGUGGCUGGAUAGUUGAACUUCAAGAUAAGUGUAGGCGGGAUAGUGGGACUACUAGAUAAGUGUAGGCUGGG